AUGACUAGCUCCACCAGCAACACUGAUCGGGUUGUUUUUAUUGGGGCCGCUGGGGAGAUGUGCCGCGUGGCCAUCGAACGGUUUGCCACCGCAAGCAAUGCGUUGCUUGUUCUAGCGGAUAUCAACACGGAUGCCCUGGAAUCGCUUCUCACGAAGCUGCCAACUGGCCGUGCGACAACAAAAAAGCUGGAUCUUUUUGAUGAAUCUAGUUUGCACGACACGGUUGCCGGUGCUGCUCUCGUGGUCCUUGGCGCCGGACCCUACGCGCGAACCUCAGUGCCCGUCCUGGCCGCCUGUCUGAAGGCGAAGGUGCCUUACCUUGACUUUGACGACGACGUGGAGAGUACCACAGCAGCUCUCGCCUUACAUGAAAAAGCUCAGGAUGCUGGCGUGCCAUGUUAUAUUGGUUGCGGAGCCUCACCGGGAAUGAGUAAUAUGCUAGCCGUUGACGCUGUCAGCGAUCUUGACACAGUUGAUACCAUCGAUCUCUGUUGGCUUGUCGGUGACGAGCGUCCCGGUAUUGGCAAGGCAGUCCUGGAGCAUCUGAUGCAUAUUGCUGCUGGGCCUUGCUUGACGUGGGCGAAUGGGAAGCCAUCGCUCAAUGAAUCAUGGGUCGAGACAGGGUUUGCACCCAUGGUAGGGCAAUCUGGGGAGACACUUCUGCACGAGACAGCGCAUCCGGAGCCAGUCACUCUGCCACGGCUAUUUCCAACCACCUCUCGUAUUCGAUGCCUGGGUGGGCUGGACCCCCCGCCCUUCAACGGGAUCGCCCGUGGGCUUGGGACUGCCGUCCGUCGUCAAGCAUUGUCUCUGGACGAGGCCGUCAGCUUCUUGCUCAACCUGGUUAAUAAUGCACCAUCGUACAAUGGCUGGACCGAUGUGUUGGGGGGCUUGACCAGACACUUCCGCGGUGGCGAUCUUACUCUCAAGGAACUGUGGCAGCUGGUUGUGCAAGGGGCCCAUGUUUCCGGCCCUUGGCGCUAUGCACUGAUGGGCAUGAUUGACCAGAUCCGGAGCGGUGAAUGCACAGCUGGAGAGGUACUCACUUUUAUCGCCUCUUCUGCACGCGGCCAACCAGCGCCAUAUCGUGGCAGUCUACUAGUGCGAGCGAUUGGUUCCCGCCAUGGCCACCCUGCUGUCGUUAUCAAACGAACUACAAAAUGUGGUGAAGGCUCCUAUCUCAUGAAGAACAUGUCAUCAAUCACGGGCACAGCUUGUGCCGCGUUCAUCAUGAUGGCGCUGGAACCAGGGCAGAAGCGGAAGGGUGUCUUCGCUCCUGAGGAUUGGGCGAAGCCUCAGGCUUUCUAUCAGGCUUUGGAACAAGUGGGCACUCCACGUGAAGAAAUCGUGGAAUGCCUUACUUCAUGAUCGGGAUGUUUAAGGGAGAGCAAUCGAACGACUUUGAUACCAGCGACACCAGCCAGCUCGGCGGAAUGUGCCCUAUUUCCUAUCCCUUCUUGCCUUGCGCGGUGCUAG